AACAGAUAUUUUAAAAUUUAUGGGAUAUAAAUAUGACUCACCAUUUAUCAAUUACCAUGUUGCACUUUUAUAUACAAUAGAUCUAUUGGGAUUAGAUGGUCAUCUGAACAACGAAGUGGAUGAUGAGUUUAAAACCAGGAUGAAUUCAAAACUGUCAAAAGAAAAAAUUAUUGAUUAUGUAAAACAAUUCCAAACCGAUAAUAUAUUAACUAAAGAAUAUAUCCCUUCAUUGAAGAAUAUAAAGAGUUUUUGUUUGGAUAAAAGUUCAAUAUGUUAUUCCUUUUCAAAUAUUAAUAAGUGUACAUCGAGUAUUGAAGAAGUAUAUAAAAUUGCUGAUAUACGUGACUAUUUGUUAAAGUCUUAUGAGAUAAGUCAACAAAUAUAUGAUCAUAAAGAUUUACCUGCAGAUAAAAGAUUGCGAAAAUGGAAUGCUCAAGCAAAACUUUACUACAGUUAUCAUGAAGAACUAUUUACUAAGACUUAUAAUAAUAUGGAAAAUUUGAAACUUAUCAAAUGGUGUAAUGAUAACAUACCCAAUAUAAUGAAUAAUUAAACUAUCAACACUAUUAAAUACAACUGGAUAUAUCAAGCCUACUAAUGAAAAUAUCGAAACCAUUGAAAAAUAACUACAAGAUAAUAAAAAAUAUGUCAAAUUUAUUUAAUGAACAUAUAGUUAUGUC